AUGUUAAAACCGGCGCCCUGUUAUUUCUACAUUCCUUUAGCGAGCGCCGCCUUCCUACCCUCCCCGGCGCUGGCCGGAGGAGAGAGGAGCGUGCGAAACCGAGUUGCGGCGGUGUCUGCCCGCUGCCGUGGAGGUGUUGGUAAUUGCGCGCCUCAAAAGUUCGACUGCGCGGUUCUCUCGGAUGACGCGACGGCCUCUCCUCCUCACGUGCCGUGCUCC